AUGGCCACUCUGUCUACUCCCUCGAAGCAGACUGCUUCCUCUCUGGAAAAGCUCAAGAUGAACGAUACACCGAUGAAGCCGCUCAAACUGGACCUCGGGGACAAGGAGAAUGUUCCUGUCUCUUCGGAUGUUGCUGAGCCAGAGCUGAAGAAGGUCGAGAUCGAGACCACCAAGCCUACCGAGGCCCCAGUCGUCAAGGCCAAAACACCCAAGGAACUCGAGGCAGAGGAGCCUCUACUCCAGGAGAACCCUCAACGCUUCGUCCUAUUCCCCAUCAAGUAUCAUGAGAUGUACAAGAAGGCCGAGGCAUCCUUCUGGACCGCCGAAGAGAUCGAUCUCUCCAAGGACAUUCACGAUUGGAACAACAGGCUCAACGACGAUGAACGAUUCUUCAUCUCUCACGUCUUGGCCUUCUUCGCCGCCUCAGACGGUAUUGUCAACGAGAACCUCCUUGAGCGUUUCAGUGGCGAGGUCCAGGUACCAGAAGCUCGAUGCUUCUACGGCUUCCAGAUCAUGAUGGAAAACAUUCACUCCGAGACAUACUCUCUUCUCAUUGACACUUAUAUUAAGGAACAGAAGCAACGAACCUACCUUUUUGAGGCUAUUGAUACCAUUCCUUGCAUCCGCAAAAAAGCCGAUUGGGCCAUCAGGUGGAUUCAGGAUAAGGAUUCCACCUUUGCCCAGCGUCUCGUUGCCUUCGCUGCCGUCGAAGGUAUCUUCUUCAGCGGCUCUUUUGCCUCCAUCUUCUGGCUGAAGAAGCGUGGUCUUAUGCCUGGCCUUACCUUCUCUAACGAACUCAUCUCCCGUGAUGAAGGUCUCCACACUGAUUUCGCCUGUCUCUUGUUCUCCCACCUCAACUACCGCCCAGAUCCCACUGCUGUCGAGGCUAUCAUUACCGAGGCAGUCAGCAUCGAACAAGAGUUUUUGACGGAUGCCCUUCCUUGUGCUCUUCUCGGCAUGAAUGCCAAACUCAUGUGCCAGUACAUCGAGUUUGUUGCCGACAGACUCCUCGUUGCUCUUGGGAACAAGAAAUUCUACAAUACCACCAACCCCUUCGACUUCAUGGACAACAUUUCCCUUGCCGGGAAGACCAACUUCUUCGAAAAGCGUGUUGGAGACUACCAGAAGGCCGGUGUGAUGGCCAGCACUAAGAAGGAAGAAGAUCCUUCUGAUGAGCCUGAGAACGGCGGAGCUUUCCGAUUCGAUGAAGACUUCUAG